AUGAGCUGGGUGCACGUCCUUUUCAUUGCCUUUCCCUUCGCCGUCAUCUCGGGCAUUUGCGGAUCUUCCCCAGAAGAGGAAUUCCAUCACCUGAGUCCGAGAAAUCCAGCUGGGGAGGGCAGCAUAGGCUGGACCGAGAUUUGUGGCGGCAGCGGAAAGGCACAGUAUGGGAACGCUGCACCAUCAAUUUCAAUGGUUAAGAAGUGGUUUACUGAGUACCGUUGUGGUCGUACCAGCACAAGUGACGCCGAACGUUCAGCUCGCCCAAAAGAGGUCAUCACGCCAGAAAUUGUUAAUAAAAUCCAUGGAAUAAUAUUGGACGAUAGGAGAGUGAAAUUACGUGAGGUGGCUGAGGCAGUAGGCAUCUCAGCUGAGCGGUUACAUUACAUUUUACAUGAAUAUUUGGACAUGAAAAAACUAUCCGCGAGAUGGGUGCCGCGAUUGCUCACACUCGACCAUAAGCGCAACCUUGUGACCACUUCAAAGGAGUGUUGGACGAUGUUCAACCGCAAUCCGAGCGAGUUUUUGCGCAGUUUCGUAACCGCGGACGAACCGUGGAUCCAUCACAACACACCAGAGACCAAGGAACAAUCAAAACAGUGGUUUUCUUCGGGUGAACAUGCACCAAAGAAGGCGAAGGUGGGCCUGUCGGCCAACAAGGUCACAGCCACAGUUUUUUGGGACGCACGCGGUAUUAUUCAGAUCGAUUACCUUCAGAAGGGUAAAAAAUCAACGCUCAAAAUUAUUUAG